AUGGACAAUCUACUCACGCAGAAGACGCCUACUGCGCUAGCAAUCGCGCAGGCUGUAGGCAUAACGGGGAGCGUGUUCUUACUAGGAUCCAAUGUAUGCCUUUCGGUAGUCGGCAUCCCCGCCGCAAUGCAAGCCCCCGCUCCCCUCGCAGUAAAGCAAUGGCACACAAUCUUCACACGAGGCGGCGCAAUCGCAAGGCCACUAGCCAUUGUCUCAGCUCUAGCAACCGGAUACUUGGCCUAUAACCAAGAUCCCAAAUCCACACCUUUUCGCCUAAACGCUCUCGCGACCAUCCUCCUCCCCAGCAUCGUCCCCUUCACGCUCCUCGCCAUGGCACCCACGAACGACAAGCUUCUAGGCAAGAAGGACGAACUCGCGACCGCAUCGUUGAGCAACAAGAACGUCGAAGCAUUUGCCGCCGAGGGCGAGACAGUACACGAGUUGAUGGACAAGUGGGCGAGUCUGAAUAUGGCGAGGGCAAUGCUGGUGGCUGUGGGAGCAGUGUGUACCGUUGCGUCAGCGGUUGUGGGAAGGAGGGAGCUUGUAAAGUUUGGUGGCCGGUGGUAA